CUCUAAGAUCUGCGCUAUCUAGAAAGUUUAUCCAUCUGCCCCCUCAAUGGCAAUAGUUUCCGCGUUAUCAUCGGCGUCCUAUACCUGACUGUGACGUCAUGAAGUUUGCGAAGGAGCUCGAGCAAGAGCUUGUGCCGGAGUGGAGGAUCAAGUACCUCAAUUACAAGGCCGGAAAGAAAUACAUCAAGGCUCUCUCGAGGGCCAUCAACCGCGCCAAUGCCACCCCCACUCUCUCCAGACGCGGAGACUACGCUCCUCGAGUGCCGAGCUUUAACACUCACCGACGACUCCAUAGUGAACAAACUUCGGAUGAGGCUGAGGAAAGCUACUCCCUUUCUACCAGCCCGGACCUAGACCGGCAAACCAACGCAACUAGGCCGUCUCCUGUGCGGCCCAUCCCAAUCAGCAGCGAGCAUGACGCCUUGGCAAGCUCUCCGGGGACUCACAUGCAAUAUGGAAGCUUCAUACCGACCCCUCCCCUUGGUUCACCUGCUCCAGGCCGCGCGCAUCACAAUCCCUUCGAGCUCCCGGCUCCUGCUAUCAAGGUCCCCUCCCGGACGGGUGAGCCAGCUGCGCGGCCUCCUCAGACGCUGCGAGGGUCUCUCGGACGCUUGCCGCUGUUGCGUAGUAAGUCGAUGGGUGUCCCACAGCGGCGGCAAACUUCCCCGGGUCCAAACCAGACGCCGAGGCCAGCAGCACAAACCCCUCGCCAGCGUCUUGUCCGGAUGUUCACUGCUGGUUCCAUGACGCGGCAAAUAUCCCGAGAGGGAAUUGAUCUGCAUGUCAUGGAUGAGGUCCAUGAACGGGAGCGAGAUUUCUUCUUGUUCCUCGACCGCGAGUUGGACAAGGUAGAAACCUUUUACCAGCAAAAAGAAGACCAGGCUGGCAAGCGACUGGGACUACUGCGCCAGCAACUCCACGAGAUGCGCAACAGGCGAAUCGAGGAAAUUGCGGAAAUUAGGAAACGAAAAGAGCAAACGCGGGGCAACGGCAACGGAAACGGCGACGGCACCAGCAGCCACGAAAACUCGCAUGCGGGUAAAGACUACAACAGACGCUGGGUCGAUCCGAUCAAGGGCAAGAUAUUCAAGCCUGGUCCGAAUUCGAAGGCUUUGCAAAAGAUGGCCCGCACUCCGGUCAUGGCGGGAAUGGAGCCGGCCGACCGGAGAGACUAUAUACGGCGGCCCGAAGACCAGGAGGUCCCGUACCGCACGGCGAAGAGAAAGCUGAAGCUUGCACUGCAGGAAUUCUAUCGUGGCCUGGAGCUGUUGAAGGCAUAUGCUCUUCUUAACCGGACAGCCUUUCGGAAACUGAACAAGAAGUACGACAAGGCCAUCAAUGCGCGUCCCCCCUACCGGUACAUGAAUGAGAAGGUGAACAAGGCCUGGUUCGUCAACAGUGACGUCCUAGACGGCCAUAUCAACACGGUCGAAGACCUGUAUGCCCGCUAUUUUGAGCGUGGCAACCACAGGAUUGCCGCAGGCAAGCUUCGCAGCUUGAGCAAGCGGCCCGCAGACCAGUCGUCUACCACAUUCCGGAGUGGCCUGCUGGUUGGUACGGGCCUCGUCUUUGCCAUCCAAGGUCUCGUCUAUGGUUCCGAGCAGCUCUUCCACCCGGAAGACCCGGUGAUGCGCCAACAGACAGGCUAUCUGCUGCAGAUCUAUGGAGGCUAUUUCCUCAUGCUGUAUAUUUUCAUCUUGUUCUGUUUGGAUUGCCGCAUAUGGACGCAAAACAAGGUCAACUACCCUUUCAUCUUCGAGUUCGAUCCGAGAAACCAUCUCGACUGGAGGCAGCUUGCCGAGUUUGGAAGUUUCUUCUUGUUCCUCUUUGGGCUGUUCAUCUGGCUCAACUUCUCCAUGUUUGGGACUCCCGACAUGUACCUGUACUACCCAGUCAUCUUGAUUUUCAUCAGUGUCCUGAUUCUCUUCUUCCCUGGUCCGAUAUUCCGCUACAAGAGUCGCAAGUGGUUUCUAUACUCCCAUUAUCGACUGUUUUUUGCUGGCCUAUACCCCGUAGAGUUCCGAGAUUUCUUCUUGGGUGAUAUCUACUGUUCGCUGACAUACGCAACAUGUAACGUCGAGCUAUUUUUCUGCCUCUACGCGAAUUACUGGGAGAAUCCCGUACAGUGUAAUUCGAACCAUUCGCGCCUGUUGGGUUUCUUUUCGGCUCUGCCUCCGAUAUGGCGUGCCUUUCAAUGCCUACGUCGAUACUAUGACACGCGGAACGUAUUCCCUCAUCUUGUCAACGGCGGUAAAUACUCCAUGUCGAUCAUGACUGCCGUAUGUCUUAGCCUGUUCCGGAUACACGGUGGCCAUACCAACCUCGCCCUCUUCAUCACCUUUGCGACCAUCAAUGGAAUCUAUUGCUCUAUCUGGGAUAUCUUCAUGGAUUUCUCCCUCCUCCAACCACACUCCCGCCACCCUUUCCUCCGGGACAUCAUAGCCCUCCAACGGCGAUGGAUAUACUACGCCAUCAUGAUCAUCGACCCCAUCCUCCGCUUCGCCUGGAUCUUCUACGCCAUCUUCACCCACAACACCCAGCACAGCACCGUCGUCUCCUUCCUCGUCUCCUUCGCCGAGGUGACAAGGAGAGGCAUGUGGACCCUCUUCCGCGUCGAGAACGAGCACUGCGCCAACGUAGCCCAGUACCGCGCCUCGCGAGACGUCCCCUUACCCUACCAGCUCGAGCCCAUCGUCCAACGCCCCAGUCUCGAGAGCAUCACCGAGGGAGGGGCGGACAGGAUCGGCAAGGACGACGCGGACGAGCACCGCGCAGACGCCGGCGGCCACGCGGCGGCCGCGUCGGUGCCCCCGUCGGUCGGCCGCUCCACCGGCCGAUCGGUCCGCGGCGGCGGCCCACCCUCCGUCGGUACGCCGGCCACGGCCCUGGAGGAGGGCGUCGCCACCGGCACCGACGCCACCACGGCCGACGCGGGCGCGACGGUGGUGCGCAGGCGCCGCGCCGACACGGCGGGGCGCAGGUCGAUUGCGCGGAUCAUGGCCGAGGCGCACAAGCAGGACUUUGAGAAGAAGCGGAGGCCGGCCGGGGACGGGGGCGCCGCGGGUGCGGCCGGGGACGGGGAGGUGGUUGCGGGCGGGCUGCAUAGCGAGGAGGAGGAGGAGGAUGAUGAUGAUGAGGAUGACUCUGGUAGUAUGGUGGCGGACCGGAUGGAGGUGCGCGAGGCGGAGGGGCUGAUGAGCGCUGCGAAGGAUGAUGAUGAGUCGUAAGGGAUGCAGCGUAAUGGACUUUGGGAUGGUGGAAGGGGGGCGGUCCUCUUGGGAGGUUUAAUUAAGCUGCAUCAUCUGGACAGAAAUGAGAUCCAACUUAGCAAAAAUAUGUGUAUAAGCUAAUGCAUGUGGGACUU